GUUCUGUUUUUUUUUUUUUUUUUUUCUGGAGUGUUUGCUCCCCUCCUUUCUUUUUCUGCUCAAGCUUCCGGAGUCGGGGUACCGGAGCUAAGGCAUCACCACCGCGGGAUCCCGCGGGCCGCGUCCCACUGCCGAGACCCCCGUGUCCCGCUACCCCGCGGGGCUCGCCGCCCGCAGCGGCCCGUGAUGGCGAGAUUCGGGGUCUUCGCCGCCGGCACCGGCCUUUCCCUGGCAGUUUUGAUCUUGCACUCGCUGUUCUGUGGCUCUCCUGUGUUAAGAAAUUUUGUUUUUCAAAUUACCCGGGAAAGCGAGGAAAUUCUCUACCAGCUAGAUGUGAGUUGGCCGAAGUAUUCGGAACAUUUCACCGGAGCGACUUUCUGUGUUGCCGUGGAUCCCCUGAGCGGGUUGGUCUAUGUCGGCCAGAGAGGGGAUAACAUCCAGAAAGUACUCGUGUUCACAGAGGAGGGCUAUUUCUUGAGGGCCUGGAAUCAUACAGUCGACAUGCCUCAUGGUAUCUUUGCAGUCAGUACACUACAAGAACAGUCUGUCUGGAUCACGGAUGUAGGAAGUGGAUCCUAUGGCCACACUGUCAAAAAAUAUAAUUCAUUUGGUGAUCUUGUUCAAGUCUUGGGUACUCCAGGCAAAAAAGGCAGUGGUUUGAAUCCCCUUCAGUUUGAUAACCCUGCAGAAUUAUUUGUAGAGGACACAGGAGAUAUGUACAUUGUGGAUGGAGACGGAGGAUUGAAUAACAGAUUGAUCAAGUUGUCCCAAGAUUUCAUGAUGCUUUGGCUGCGUGGAGAGAAUGGAACUGAGCCUACCAAGUUCAACAUACCUCACAGUGUCACAGUUGAUUUAGCUGGUCGGGUAUGGGUUGCUGACCGAGGAAAUAAGAGAAUUCAGAUGUUUGACAAAGCCACUGGAGAGUGGCUAGGAGCUUGGACAAACUGUUUCACAGAAGAGGGACCAUCUUCAGUAAGAUUCACUCCUGAUGGAAGAUUCUUGGUUGUAGCCCAGCUGAAUCUUAACAGGCUCUUGUUUGUGGCAGCACCACCAGUGGGGACCGUUGGCAAUUGCUCCGUGAUCAGCACAAUCCAACUGGCAGAUCAAGUUUUACCUCAUCUCCUAGAUGUCAGUGGGAAAACAGGAGCCAUCUAUGUAGCGGAAAUUGGAGCCAAACAAGUACAAAAAUACGUCCCUUCCAAAAGCUAUUUUUCGUUAUUUGUUUCAUAAUGUUCUUCAGAGUGAAAGUUUAUGUUUUCAAAUUUACUGAAUUUUUGUUUCUUUUAGUUUUUGUUUUGAGGUCACACCGGGUGUUGCUCAGGGAUUACUCUCAUCUUGCACUCGGGAAUUACUCCUGGCAGUGCUUGGUAGACUACAUGGGAUGCCUGAAGUCAAACCUGGUUCAGCUGCAUGUAAGGCAAGGGCCCUACCUACUGUACCAUUGUGCCAGUCCCUUAAUUUUAUAAUUAAUGUUCAAGCAAAAGGAUUUGUGUUAACUUACUGUCUGCUGUUACCUAAAUUAUUUUAAGAAAAAUUCCAUUUAGCAUCACUAAGGGCUUUUGGCUUUUUAUUUUUUUUUCCUUUGGAGCUGGAGGUGUGGACGGCCUCGCAGUGGCGACCACCCCACGUCUUCUACAUUCCAGGCAUAUAUUCCAGCCCAUUGAACAAUCUCUCCAACCACCAGAUCUUUAUCUCUUGGAGCUUACUUUUACUUGCAUAAGAAUAUUCUCAUGAAAGAAAAUGCAGCUCUUUAAAGACAUUUUAAUUAAAAAAAAAAAAAAAGGUAGGGGCUGGAUCGAUAGCACCACGCUGGUAGGGUGUUUGCCUUUUGCCUUGCACAUGGCCGACCCAGGUUCGAUUCCCAGCAUCCCAAAUGGUCCCCCAAGCACCACCAGGAGUAAUUCCUGAGUGCAUGAGCCAGAAGUAAACCUGUGCAUCACCAGGUGUGACCCAAAAAGAAAAAAAAAAAAUUUAGAUAAGUAAAGAGGAAUUCUGGUGAGGCUAGGAAGGUGGUUCAAAGGGUUACUGGGUAUGCUUCGCAUGUGGGCACCUUUGGGGUAUUACACUGUGUGGCCAAAUAAACCAAAAAAAGCCCCAAAUUACAGAAUUUAUUGACUCUCACACGAAGAAGUUCAUACCUCCAUUUCUGUUUGAGAGCUUGAGAUGGGCUCUUGACUGAGCACUCAAAAUACUAGCUCCUCAAAUUUCAAAAAAGCCAAGUCACUUUGUCCAUACCCUUUGGAUAGUUUACAGUUCUGUAGAGAGGUGACUUUACAGAUAGUCCCAUUGAUGGCAGUGUGUGCGUGUGGUGAGACUUGUGGAGCGUUGCACAUUUCAUCUGUGGAGGAAUCCUGGGGAAUUAAAGAGGAAGUCAUUCUGAGCUUCAGCUUGAAAACAGGAAGAGAGAUGACAUGAUCCAUGGAGGCAAAUUAACAAAGUUAGAAACGUGCUUGCACCUUCUGAAAGCAGGUCCCUUCAGUUGGGCCCUUUAGAUGGCAGGUAAUGUUAGUCUCAGGUAGCUAAGCAGUUUAGCCAGUUGAACUGAGUCUCUUUAGGAUUAGCAGGACCACUGCCAUUGGAGCAUGCGCGUCUGGCAGAUCAUUGGCAGAUCUUUAGAACAGGAAGUGUAGUCUUACACAGAAGAAAGAAGUUGGGAGGAGCUGGUUUAGAAGAAACUGUACUAGAAGAAGCAAGGGUUCGCCUCCCCUGCCCGCGUCCUUUGUUCUCAGAGUCGGGAAUUUGAAGUAGUGCUGGUUUUUCUUGCCUUCGAGAGAGAAUGUGCUGUUGCUGGAUCCAAGAAAACUUCCUUUUUCCUUCACCCUCUGCAGAGAAGAAUGGUGGGGUGUGAGCGCUUGACCUUCCCUCUCCACCUUCACUAUGAAUGACAUUUCCUUUCAUCCAGUUUCCUGGUGCUUUUCGUCUCAAGUUUUCAAUGUAAGUGGCUGACUUUUCUAAGCACUUUACUGAAAGAGGUCUCUACAGAUGCAGGCAUACCUUGGAGAUGCUGCAGGUCCUCUUCCAGAUCCCAGGAAAAGGAUUACUGUGACAAAGUCACAAACAUGUAUGUGUAUAUAUAUAUAUAUAUAUAUAUAUAUAUAUAUAUAUAUAUAUGUUUAUUUUAAAAAGCAUUUUAUUGCUAAGAAGCAUCACCAUCAUUUGUGCCUUCUGCUCAGCAUCUUCGCUGAGGACAGGUCUUCCUCGUCUGUGGACUUCCUUCCCAGACGGCCUCUGCAGCCAGUGACAUUCCCUAGCCUUAAUGGCCUUUUCCCUGGGGUAGAUCUGUAAAUGUUGGCCUGGUCUUCUCAAGCCCUGUGUGGCUUUCCCAGCUACGUUUGGUCACAGUGUAGGAAUCCUUGUGGUCAUUGCAGCCAUGUCCACAGUGUCUUCACCAGGAGUAUCUUCUAUUUCCAGAAACUCUUCUCUUCCUUCUUAAAUAAGAAGCAGCUUCUCCUGUUUGUAUUUCAUCUCAAGUUUGCUGUGGCCCUCCCAUGUCCUCAUGCUCC